ACGUCAGAAAGUAGCAAGUCAAAGCACAGAGGAGAAUACAACUGGUAAUACUUCAAUCAGUAUCAGAGGGCCUGGUAUACAUUGCAAUUUUGUGCUGAAAACCAUCUGGAUUUUACAUUUUAGAAACAAACAAACAAAACCCCGUUGAAACUUGUUACUACCUCCCUCCGAUCCAUAAUAAGUUGGAUCGGAGGGAGUUGUAUAUAUCCCGCUUGCUGCAAACCAUAUUUUCAGAGUGUCAGGACAAACCCCAGUUCCGUCCACGCUGGAUUCAGAGAUGCAAAACUAACUGACGCUUAAGGAUGCUAGCGGAGGGGCGAUGUGAACAACUCAAAUUGAGAUUCUUGCUGACCGCGAGAAACUCGUCACUCUAUAAAGCGCUCUUGUGACCAUUCAUCACUCUCAAAUCUUCGUGAAGUUCUACAGAUCCAUGGUACUAGCUCCGCCACAAAUUAUAACACCGUUUUAGGGUUUAAAGUCAAUAUUCUAGCCAUGUUUUCCCCCCUUUUCGUGUGGGGGAUCUUUAGUACUGUCUCAAAAUAAGUGUCGCUGAUUUACUAUAAAAUUGUACUGAAUCAGCGACAUUUAUUUUGAAACGGAGGGAGUAGUUUGGUUGGAAAAUUUAGCAGGCUUGAUUGGGACAUGAAUCAAUGUUCUAUACAUUUCUUUCAUGUAUCAAAAUAAAGAAUAUUGCUUUUUUAUUUUGAGGGAAGAAUAUUGCUUUAUUAGUAGUACUGACUCACUGUCGUAUUGGGUCAAUUUCGACGGCCUUGUUGUCAAAGUUACGACGGGUCCAUCUGUCCAUGGGCAGAAGCCAGGACUUCUAUGCCUCAACCCGAACCACAAGUUGGUCUUUCCCUCUUCUCUUCUUUGGUAGAUCCAUCUAUCCCACCAGGAACAUUGCAGGGGCCUUCCGAAAUGGAGCCGCUUCUCUCUGCAAUCGUGGGUGAUCUUGUCAGCAGAGCCCUGUCCAUGGUAACCCAGAGAUACCUGCAGUCCAAGGGAGCAGAGGAGGAGAAGCUCCAGAGGCUACGGGCAGUGCUGCUAAGGAUCGAUGCCACCGUCGAGGAGGCCGAGGGGAGGCACAUCACCAACCAGGCAAUGCUCCAGCAGCUCCAGAUGUUGAGACGAGGUAUGUACAGAGGCUACUACACGCUCGACACCUUCAGAUACCGAGAGCACAGGGACGAGGCCGAUGGCAAGGCGAGCACUCGCCGUUCGCUUGCCCUGUCCAGAUUCAGCCCUUCCAGUUCCAGACGUACCUCCUCCUCCGUGUGCGAUGCCCAGAGGAUGGACCUGGUGCUUGAUGCCGGGAGCUGCAACAAUCUCGACAAGAUGCUCAGCAGCCUUGAGAGAAUGAUUGGUGACAUGCAGGAGUUCGUGAUGUUCUUGGGCAGCUAUCCUCGAAUCUCCCAGCAACCUUACGACGCGUAUUUGUUUCAUGAUCAGGUUAUGUUUGGCCGGCAGAUGGAAAAGGAGACAAUUUUGAGCUUUCUGCUUUGUAGAGAGGCUGCAAGGAAUGGAAGUCUGGGUGUGCUGCCGAUAAUUGGUCCAGCGAGAGUCGGAAAGAGUACACUUGUUGAGCAUGUCUGCCUUGACGAGAGGGUGCGGAGGCGCUUCUCGUCGAUCGUCUUCUUCAGCGGAAAUGAUCUCAAUGGUGGAAACUUGGCCACUCUAAAAGGUAGCGGCGUGAUCAAGCAUCAGAACCUUGCUUCCACCCCGCAUGGAGACUCACUGGCUGUAAUUGAGCUAGCAGGGGACAUGGACGAGGAAACAUGGAGGGGGUUGUACACCUCGGCAGCAAGCCACCUGACGCCAGGCAGUAAAAUCAUACUCACCAGCCGUUCAGAGAAGAUAGCAUCAUUAGGAACGGCACAGUCUCUUGUGCUGAAAUUUUUGUCCCAAGAAGCUUACUGGUAUUUCUUCAAGACGGCUGCAUUCGGAAGCACAGACCCUGGUGAGCAUCCUAACCUGGCAGCCCUCGGCAUGGAGAUCGUCGUCCACAUGAACAGAUCAUUCGUGGCAGCGAACACCGUUGCCAGCUUACUGAGAACCAAUCUUGACACACGGUUUUGGCGCAGAGUGCUGAGAUGCUUGAGAGAUUUUGCAAGCAAGCACCUGAGCAUGUUUGGCGAGCACCCGACCAAUCUCCUGCAGAAGGACCAGCCUGUGUACAUGUGGACAAUGGCCAAGACAAGCAAUGUCGUCGUAAUGCGUGAUAUUUAUCAUGAGCCCUCUCCCAAGAUCAGUGAGGUUCCCAGGAUAACGACACAGGAUGUUUUGUCUGGGCGAGUUAUGUCUGAAGGGACAUUCCAAGCAGUGGCAUGGAGGUCCAGGAUACCUCCCUGCUACACCUACUUGGUGAGCUUCAUUGUGUCACGGACAGACAAGCACGCGGUGCUCGGUAAGAAGCGGUCUCGGCAGGAGAGAAUUUGAUGUAAAAUGCAAUAAUGUAUAGCUAAUAUGAUUGCAAAGUGCACGCCUUACCUUUUUUUUAACAGCGCCCAACAUCUCCUCACUUAUGUGUGGCGGCUUGCUCCAUGGAUCUCCAGCUAUAUCUCCACAAGCCGAGUACUGAACUCAACAGUCCACACUCAUCACACAGCAUAACCGUCUGGCAGAACUGCUUCAAGCCAGACUGACAGAACCAUUUUUAUCUGCAAGGCAGGCUGACAGAGAAAACCAGUAGGAAGGAAGAGAUGUUACUGAUACAAAACCCUGACAGUUAGUAGUCCAACACUACAGAAGAGCAGCAGCAUUUUACAAGAUCUCUGAGCGAUCGUGCCUUUCCCAGUGAAAUUACUGCACUGCACAUGUAGUCUAUAUGUAAAGGAAGUAUGUUCAAUACAAUGCAGGGUCAGCUCCCCUGUAAGACCUUUUAGGGAUUUCACUAUAGACUACAUACGGAGCAAAAUGAGUGAAUCUACACUGUAAAGUAUGUCUAUAUGCAUCCCUAUGUAGUUCAUAGAGGAAUCUCUAAAAGGUCUUAUAUUUAGGAACGGAGGGAGUAGCAUGGAGCCUGGCCCAUAUGCAACACAAACUCUAUUAUUUCUGUCAAUUCAUUUAUACUUUCAUA